AUGUUCGGCGAAGCGAUCGGCACCUGGCGGCCAAGGCGUCGCGACCAUAAAAUCGAAGAGUUCGUUAAUUCUUGGCAAUCCUUUGGACAGAGUGGACGGUGGGCUCAGAGUCCUAUUAGUACUUUGAGACAAAUGAGUAUAGAGCCGUAUCAAUAUUUUGCUCUUCACCCUCGCCACCGUGACAAGACUGAUAGAACGUCGAUAGACGCCAACCACUCGCGAAUCCGUAUUAUUCGCCUUCUUCCCGGACUUAACGAUGCCCAACUCCACUGUAUCAUUGAGCACAUCGAACUUCGCGAUGACGAGAAGCAGCAGAAAGGCUCUCACAUCGACAAUGGUGGCGUGCGCUUCGAUGCGCUCUCUUAUGUUUGGGGCAAUGCCACCGUCUCUCCCGAGCAGCUGAUCUGCGAAGAUACCGUCGGCGCGCUGCGCGCUCUGAGGGAUAAGAAACAUGUUCGAAAUCUUUGGGUCGAUGCUGUUUGUAUCGAUCAAGGCUACGACCCAGAGAAGCUGCAGCAAAUUCAGAUCAUGGGCCGCCUUUAUAGCCAGGCCAGCGUAGUUCGAGCUUGGCUUGGACCUGAACGUGACGCGAAGCUGGUGUUUAAUUACAUGCGUCACGCUGGAAACACCUUUUUGCGGCCAAACAAGGAGCUGGUACUGGAGGUAAUGCGGGACAAGCUCGAUCCCGUCUAUCUCACUCUUCGAGAAUUCUUCUCAAGGCCAUAUUUUUACAGGCGGUGGAUUAUUCAGGAAGUGGCUCUCGCCUCCGACGUCAUUUGUCAGAGUGGAAGUCUUGAGUUGUCUUGGGAUGCUCUCAGCCAGGCUACAUCAAAUGUCAGAGUUGACGAUAUUCUAAGAGAAGGGCAAGGAAUGCCAUUAGCUUUCAGCGAUAUGGAGCAUGUCCUCACCACAAUCGAGAAACUACGGUCCAAGAAGAAUUCCCAACUUCGCAACCCGGUAGAAGGGAUGGUGGUAUUUCGGCACUCCAAGUGUGUCGAGGAUAGAGACCGUAUCGAUGAUGCUGGCUCCGUGUCGAACUCUCUACAAUCCGCAUACACCUUUCUAUCUCGAUGGCAGUUGAAGUUUCAAAUUAAGCGGCUCGACGACACCAGCACCGACAGCACACCUGCGAUUCUCGAUUUAUUCUCGAUUGCAGUUAAAUGGCCAGUCAUCAAAGACCCAGACCAUCAGGACCAUCUGAAUACGCCCGUCCAGUUGAUCGACUAUAUAGACACCGUGAUCCUACUGAGGCCCACCUCUUCAACAAAAGAUUCUCAAAACAAACCCAACAACGACGACGACAACAACAAUAACGGCGUCUUCCAGAGUAUUAAAUCGUUCCAGACCGUCUACUCCUUCCUCCGCAAAGAAGCCUACCACACCGACCAAGUCUGUCGGUCCUGCCGCAUCUUCCGAAUACCAGUCCGACAACGCAUUAGGAACAUCGAUGUAGUCAACCUCCUCAGUGCCCACCUCUACCGAAUCCAUGCGGAGUUUCGAGGCUCAAAAGUCAAGGAAGAUCAGCCGAGGCAAACCCUUACCUAUCUUCAGAAUCCAUGGUCUGAGUCCGAGGCCCUUCACCCGAGACAGAAACUCAUCGCACGAUUCCUGCGGGGCAGGUGCAUGUUCGUGUCGAGAGGUGGACAUGCUGGAGUUGCAAAUCUGCGUGUUCGCCCGGGAGAUAGGCUUGUUAGCGUUACUCGCGGAGAGCCCGACUUCGUGCUGAGAUUCAAGGUGCAAAAUUGUUCUGAAAUAGGAGUUCAAGUUGCGGAGCUGAUUAGCGAUACUAGUACUCUUAAUAUCGUUGAUCCUGAUUCUCCAUGCACAAUUGUUUGCCUGGCUUAG